AAGAAUAGUGAGAAGACAGAGGGGAAGAAGACAAGCAAAGGAUCUUUGUUCCUUUCCGUUUAAUCAUUACUCUCAUUUCCCAAUAAUCACUCUCUUAAACCCUUCUCUUUCCUCCCCUCCGAUUUUGUUCCUCUUUCUGGGAUGCGAGUUUUAGGAGAGGGGUUUGAAAGAGCGCCAAUCGAAUCGAUUCGACUCGAUAUACGGGUUUCGGCCAAAUUUGUAAUCCGAUACACCCAUUCACUUUUUUUCCCUUGAAAUCACUCUCAAUCAUCGCUGGUAAACCCUCUUCUUCGUAGUUUUUCUUUCCGUUUUUAAAUCCGUAUCCGUCGUGGAGAGAUUUGUAGUCAAUCAGAGAUUUCGGAAGAACGCGAUUCGAUUUCGAUUCGGCAACUUGGUUUUGGCUAGAAUUUUGUCCGGUGGACAGGGUUUGAUGGGUUCUGGCCAAAACUAGUGAUGGGUACUUGUGGGGACGAAGAAGACGAAGACUGGUUCUUCGAUGCCCGCGAAGAAGUGUCUUCUGUCUCCGAUUGCAACUCCGAAGCGUCCGAGGAUUUCAGUUGUCGUCUUGAUCAAGAAACCGCCGGUCUGGAUCUCUGGACUCAGAAUCCGGACAGUGUUCUCACUCGCCGACGCAGGUUUUUCGAAUCCAUGGGCUUUAGCUUCAAAAGAACCUUCACAGACGAUUAUGGGGAUACAGAAACGAGACCCUCUUGCUCUGAUGGAGGAUUUCACUCGGACCGAUCUUCUGUCUCUGCUAUAACCAAUGGCUCAUAUGAUGAGCAUGUUGAUAGAGUCAAGGCCAUGGAGUUGUGCAGGAAUGAAUCUAAAUCCACUGCUUCAGAUGAUGGAGGAGGGCUUCACUCGCACCAAUCUUCUCUUUCAUCACUGUCGAAUUCUCUUGCUGAGUCUCUGAGAGAUUCUUUCGAGGACCAUGUCAGAAUUUUCAAGGGCAUGGAUGGUGAAGUUCCGUUUGUGAGGAAUGAGUCUAGUAAUAGCAGUAGUACGGCUGAAGGUUCAAGCAAGUCUGGUAGCUAUGGUGAAUUCGGAAACUCUUACAGAGAAAGUUACGAGGAAUCGACCAAAAAGGGGUCCAAUGGUUGGUUGAAGAAGCUAAGUGCUAUAACUCAUGUUCUUGACAGACACACUGACUCCAAUGAUCGAGAAUCAGUGGGAUCGUCGCCAUUGAGGCGAAUUUCUCGUGUUCAAUCUUAUAAAAAGCAGUUCAAGGAGCUCUCCACUCUCUAUGUUGGCCAAGAAUUCUCUGCCCACGAUGGAUCAAUCUUAACCAUGAAGUUUUCUCCUGACGGGAAAUACUUAGCCACUGCUGGUGAAGAUUGUGUUGUUCGUGUCUGGGAAAUUACUGAGAACGAGAGAGCAGAUCGGUUUGAAGUGCCUGAUUCUGAUUCAGCAUCUUACGCUUACUUUAGGAUGAAUGGUCUGGGUCAGAUUGAGCCUCUGAAUGCAGAAGAUGAGAAAACUGAGAAGAACAGAGGAUUGUUUAAGAAAAAAUCAUCAGAUAUGACUUGCGUUGUGUUGCCGCCAAGGGUCUUUGCUAUAUCUGAGACUCCUCUGAAUGAGUUUCGGGGGCAUAAGGGUGAAAUAUUGGAUCUUUCCUGGUCAUCAGAGGAAAGGUUACUGCUGUCUUCCUCUGUGGACGAGACUGUCCGUCUGUGGCGAUUAGGUUCUGAUGAAUGCCUCAAAAUAUUCUCUCACAAGAACUUUGUUACCUGUGUCGCGUUCAAUCCCGUUGAUGACAAUUACUUUAUCAGUGGUUCAAUAGACGGGAAAGUUCGUAUGUGGGAUGUGUCACGUUGCCGGGUGGUUGACUAUACUGAUAUGAGAGACAUUGUUACAGCCAUCUGCUACAGUCCUGAUGCUAAGGUUGCAGUUGUAGGAACCAUGACAGGUGACUGUCGUUUUUACCAUAUACUGGAUGAUCAGUUGCAGUUGGACAGAGAGAUCAAUUUCCAUAGGAAAAAGAAGGUUCCAAGCAAAAGGAUCACUGGUUUUCAGUUUUUCCCUGGAGACACUGACAAAUUAAUGGUCACUUCUGCUGAUUCGCAAAUCCGAAUACUGAGUGGAGAUGAUUCGAUAUGCAAGCUUAAAGGAUCGAGCCUCCUCCUGACGACACAGAGCCCGACAUCUGCCGCAUUCACGUCAGAUGGGAAACACAUAGUCUCGACAACAGAGGACUCGGGUGUUCAUGUGUGGAGCUGCUGCUCUCAGCCCAACAAAAAGAAACCCAAAAAAACCAUCAGAUCUUGUGAGAGCUUUCUGUCACACAACACAUCUAUAGCUGUACCAUGGCCUGUCCUUGGGGACAGUAAUAGUUUUGGUGGGUUCAUCUCUUCAGACAUGGAGCAGAGAUUGCCACCACAUUUCCCUUCCUUUGAAUGUUUGAGAGGAUCAACAACUACAUGGCCUGAAGAGAAACUUCCAUCAACAACCAACAGCAGCAAUAGCAGCAGCAGCAGCAGCAGAUCAAAGCUGAAGUUGUUGAGGAGCGUUUGCCAGAAUGUUUGUGGUUCAUCUCCUAACCUUUGGGGCCUAGUGAUCGUUGCAGCGACUUGGGACGGGAAAAUCAGAGUUUUUCACAAUUACGGGUUACCCGUUCAUGUUUAAAACCCGUAAUUCUGAAUUCAGGUCAGGUCUCUUCCUUCUUUGCUCUUGAGACAAAUAAAGGGUUGAAGGUUGAAGAAUGGAAUUAUAUGAGUAUAUAGGAUUCUUUGAUUUGUUUUGGGGUAUGGUCAUUUAGUCUUAAAUAUAUGUAUACACAACACAAGAGUCUCUUUUCUCUUUCUUUUUCUUCUCUCUUUUUUUUUUUGUAAUGAUUUUAUAUUUUGUGUAUUUGUGUAUAUGUUUUUAGCAAAGGGUCCAGUUUUAAUGAUUCAACAGAAUCUUUUUUGUGGGGGGCUCUUGGGAUUCUUGUUAUGAAUUCGCAUGCCUAAAUGUCAUUUUUCAAUUGUAAACAGAUUGCAUGAAGGCAUCUCCAUGGUAAUUUGUGUUCGUUUUCACUUGAAGGUUUA